GGCUCGUGUUCAGUUUGACUUCUCCCUUUCGCAUGACAUCGGCAUUUGUGUGUAUUGCCGUAUCUGUCUAUUGUGCGGUGCAUUCUCUGGCUCCUAUGCAGCUGCUAUUCUAGCUCUCGCCGCACCCGGAGAUAAUGAAACAUGAGCAUCCAGGCAUUGAGCCGACCCCGGACCGCGAGGUCUUUUCUGCUGAAUGUGGUAUCUCCUCGAGUCAGAAAUUUGCCUUUCUUUUUUUUUUUUUUCUUCUACUGAUAGCAUUCUUCAGUGCGAGCAGUCUUGUAACCGGAUUACUUGUACGCCCCAUCCGCAAUCUCGCUCGUUUUCCCAAUCCUCGGUGACCGCCCUCUCUCCCUCGGCAGACCGUCGAGUCAAACAAAGUGCCGGUUUCUCCAGUACUGCUGGAAACUGCAGCCACUUGGGUCACCGCGCGAAGGAGAAGCUCCUCGAUCGGGAAUUCUUCCUCAGUCUCCUGAGUUCCGCAACUACCAAACGAGAGGCAAGGCAGUAUCUCGCUCGCAUUAAGGAUAGCUCAUCGGAUGGAAGCAUUAAGACGGUUGCCGCCAGAACGAAGGAUCCCGUUCAAUUUGUCUCCGAGCCCUCCCGGCCAGGCGUUGAACUCGGUUCCUUCUACGGCGCCUCACGAUCCGUCUAUAACAGUCCCGUCUUCAGACUCGAUUCCACACCGUCUCCACUGGUGGAGGGGUCUCCUGAGAGGAUACAUCUGGCCCUCGUGAAGAUCACCACGCCGCAGUUGCUGGAUGAUUCCACGGUUGAUGGAGUCGCCAAGACGCUGUCCCAACUCACGCGUCUUGGAUUGGCGUGCUGCGUGGUGGUGGACCCGGGAGCCAUAAAUGACGCCAAGGCGUUACGAACGGUCUCGAUAGAACAAGCGACUCGGAUAUCGACGGCAAUUGAUGCACAGCCUGACUCAAAAUCCUUACGCCUGGACUCAGUAUUGUCCAUCACACCAACAGACUCUACCCCGAGGGUGCUGUCUCGAAAGGCCCUAUUGCGGCCCCUUCGAAGUGGGCAGAUUGUCAUUGUGACCCCCAUUGCCUACACAGAAGACUCUCCGAAGGCGGUAUGCCUGCCGGCGGACGAUGCUGUUCUUGCCCUCACGAAGGAGUUCGCCGGACUGGCUACGGUUUCAUACCCGGAUGAGGAGCCAUUGGUUAGUGCACAAAGAAUUGAUGGUCUACAGAAGGAGGUCUCCUUGGAUCGGCUGAUCCUUCUGGAUCCUUUAGGUGGUAUCCCUGCGUUCAGCGGCCCUCAGGGCUCGCAUGUCUUCAUCAACAUGGAACAGGAAUUUGACAACAUCCAAGAUGAGCUGUUGGAAGUGAUGCAGUCCGUCAUCUCAGGAACUGAGAGCCCAUCGGUACGAGAGAAGAUUGCCGCUGUUCUUCCUUCGUAUGGCAGUAAUUCAUCCCCGAAUGGAGCUUCCCCGGCUCCUCUCUCCCCCGAACGUGUCCUCGAGGGCUACCUUGAGAAUCUCCGGCUAUCCCGAAACACCCUGGUCCUACUACCUACGACAUCGUCUGGCAUCAUUACGUCGCCGGCAGAUGUUGCUACCUCGGCGAAAUCAUCGCAAGAUAGUCCUGGGCCAUCUGCAGUCGGUACACGUCGACUGCGGAAUCCUCUCAUUCACAAUCUACUCACAGACAAGUCUUUACACUCACCGUCUCUACCUCUCAGUCGACGCGUAGCGACCGGCGGAUCACAAAAUUUUCAGACUAGCCAGUUUGCCUAUCCCACGACGUUUGUCAAACGCGGAAUGCCGCUCACUAUCUUUCCAGACCCACGGUUGGAGCCAUGGACAGCCCAGAACCGUCCGAAGUUGAAUCUCGAUGACCCAAGCAUCGAUCUAUCCCGGCUGGUGCACCUGAUAGAGGAUUCAUUCAAUCGUAAGCUCGAUGUGAAACAUUACCUGGAUCGAGUAAACGGCCGCCUGGCCGGACUGAUCGUCGCCGGGGAGUACGAGGGAGGCGCCAUCUUGACCUGGGAAAUGCCACCGGGCGUGAUAGACGACGGCAGCGAAGCAAGUACGGCGCGACUAGUCCCAUAUCUGGACAAAUUUGCCGUGCUGAAGCGCAGCCAGGGCGCAGGCGGGGUGGCCGAUAUCGUCUUCAACGCUAUGGUGCGCGCAUGUUUCCCCAAUGGCGUGUGCUGGCGUAGCCGCAAGGACAACCCGGUGAACAAGUGGUAUUUCGAACGGUCGCAGGGCUCAUGGAAACUGCCCGAUAGUAACUGGACCAUGUUCUGGACGACGUCUGGAUUGCCGGACAACGCGCAGAUGUUCCAGGAUUACGAGGCGGUUUGCCGCAGUAUUCAGCCCAGCUGGGCGGACAAAAAGGGUGUUUUGGAGUAGUAUCAUAGAGUAAUAGUAUAGUGAAAAUAUAUAAAUAGGUACAUGUUUUCAUGACCUCAUUAUGGCAGCUUCCGCGAACUUUUUGUCCACCUGGUCCGUGUCAAAACUGGCGUU